CAGUGUCACUGAAAUCUCUCCUUGAGCUGCCAUCAUGUCUAAGUCCCAGUCUUCUAAGGAGCCAGAGCAGCUGCGGAAACUCUUCAUUGGCGGUCUGAACUUUGACACCACCAGUGAGAGUUUGAGGAGCCAUUUUGAGCAGUGGGGGACAGUCACCGACUGUGAGGUCAUGAGAGACCCAGACACUAAGGGCUCCCGAGGCUUUGGCUUUGUUACCUACGCCACUGUGGCGGAGGCAGAUGCCGUCAUGAACGCAAAGCCACACAGGGUGGAUGGCAGAGUGGUGGCACCCAAGAGGGCUCUCUCCAGAGAAGAUUCUCACAGGCCCGGUGCUCACUUGACAGUGAACAAGAUCUUUGUUGGGGGCGUGAAGGAAGACACAGAAGAACACCACCUAAGAGACUACUUUGAGCAGUUUGGCAAGAUUGAAGAGAUUGAGAUCAUGACUGAGCGAGGCAGUGGCAGGAAGAGAGGUUUUGCUUUUGUCACCUUUGAUGACCACGACGUGGUAGACAAGAUCGUGAUCCAGAAAUACCACACCGUGAACGGCCACCACUGUGAAGUCAGGAAAGCUUUUUUUUUUUAAAUUAUUUAUUUUCCC